AUGAAUAACGUUUUACUAGUAAAACCUCUGCCUCUGACGAUCGUCAUUGAGCUGAUGGUGGAUACGGCAUUGCAUUGGGCAGCAAAGCAUGGAAGUGAGGACGUGGUAAAGUUGGUUGCUGGAAAGUUGAAAGCCGACGUCAACGCUCGAACGGGAUACACAGCACUGCACAUCGCCACACAAUUCGGCCGGAACGAUAUCUUCGAAUUGCUGUGCAACGUUUAUAAGGCUGAUCGCGAUAUGCUCGACUGGAGCGGUAAGAAAGCGCUGGAGUACCAGAAGCAGAUGACGAGCGUGUCGGCUUCGACCUACAGCAAAAUCAAGGCCAGGAAAAAGCAUUCAGAAAAAGACUCGGGAUUCCUGAGGAUUGGUUCCCUGAACGUACGAGUGAAGAAAACUACCGAAGCCUUCAGCAACUUUUUGGGAGUUGGCACGAACCAGACCAGACUGCCCCCGGUGGUGGCGCCUGUGAUUAGAGCUAGCGCUCCACCACUGUUUGCCGAUAAACUACACAAGAACUGGGGCUCGGCAGAUAACAUUCAGGAAGAUGCGGCCAGUAUGCCUCCUCCGCAGUACGGGGCCGCUAAGAAGCGACGCCAGAAGCGUGACAUUGCCGAGUACGAUCCCAAUGUUGAUCACUUUAGCCAGAGUGUACCGACAACGCCGAGUCAGGUACGGGCACCGGUGGGAACGCUGUCGGAAAAUCCCGAUGGGGAAUCGAUGGGAGACUCGGAUUCCGAUACUGCUUGCGGAUUUGAUUCGAACUGGCGGCCAACAUACAUUUAACGCACCUUAUAUAUGUGCAUGUCCCCUGUAUGUUUGUUUUCUUUUUUUUUUCAAUAAAAUCGCAAUUUCUAAC